AUGCGCGUUACAGGUUUUGAGGAAGAGGUGGAAACUGAACGACAAGACUUCCACAAGGACUGGGACCGACGUGUUAGAGUACAUUUCGACCAGCCCGGCCGAAAACACAGACGUCGUGAGGCUCGUCUUGCAAAGGCUGCUGCCGUUGCUCCUCGCCCAGUCGACAAGCUCCGCCCAAUUGUCCGAUGUCCCACCAUUAAGUACAACAGCCGCGUCAGAGCUGGACGUGGUUUCUCUCUCCAGGAAUUGAAGGAAGCCGGUAUCCCACGCAAGCUUGCUCCAACCAUUGGUAUCACCGUUGACUACCGCCGUGGCAACGUCUCCGCCGAAUCCCUCUCCGUCAACGUCGCCCGCCUAAAGGCCUACAAGGCCCGCUUGAUCCUCUUCCCCCGCAAGAGCGGUCAGUUCAAGAAACUCGACUCCUCUGCCGAAGAGAUCAAGGCUGCCAAGGAAGGUCUGGCCAAGACCAUCGACUCCGUUCUCCCCGUCACCAACCCUGCUCGUGAGAACGCCAUCUCUGAGAUCAACAAGUCCGAUCUACCAAAGGGAGAAGAGAACGCAUACCGCAGAAUGAGAACUGCACGAAGCGAUGCUAGACUCGUCGGUGUUAGGGCGAAGCGCGCAAAGGCCAAGGCCGAUGAGGCCGCUGCUGCAAAGAAAUAA